GCCAGAGGAGAAAAGGGUACCAGCUAGCUCAUAUCCAAAGGACUCGGCACCUACCCAACCUCUCAUGAAGCUCGAGCUCAACCUCAUGGCCAUGGCCAUGGCCACAAGCUUGGCUCCUGCAAAUCCCCUCUCAACAUCUUGGCCAUGGCCUCUUGGCCUCCUCCGGCCAAUCCCCUCUCGGCCUCAUGGCCUUCCUCUGAAGCUCAUAAGAGGCCGAUUUGGAUCAUAGGCUCGAUGGAAAAGGUUUGGUUCAUCAAGAGCGGAGUGAACAUCAAUCAAGAUAAAGUUGGAAGCGAUGAAACAAAACGCAGCACGAGCCUCGUCAUUCCGGCCAACGCACCGCGUGGUCGAGCCGGAAUCAAAUCGACCACGAACCAGAGCGACUGCGCAGCCCACCGCGCGGUCCAACCCCGAACGCAAUCGACCCCGAGCCAGAGCGACCCACGCCACGGCGCGGUCGGACCCCGAACCAGAGCGACCAGCAACCCACGGCGCGGUCCAACCCCGAACCCCAUAUAUAACCCCCCGCCUCCCGCAACCCUAGCCACGCCUCCUGCUCCCUCCGAUCCAAACCCUAGCGCCGCCGCCGCCGCCGCCCCCCUCCCCUUCCUCCGCCGCCGCCGCAUCAUGACGGCGUACAUGGCGAAAAGCGGAGAAUCGGGCGACUCGCCGGCUCCCAAGGAGGCGCUGCUUCCAGCAGGGCACCCGGCCGGCCACCACGGCCUCCAGGCCUACACCGGCAACUACGUCGAGGUCCCUGCAGGCACGUGCGUCGAGUUCCCCUACCACUACAGCAAGUACCCCGGCCUCGGCCCCAAGAUUGGCGCCGGUGUGUUCCUCCGCACCCCGCCCGUCCCCGUCAACCUCGACCUCUUGGCCAUCUCAGGGCGAUUCUCCAACCUCCAGUCCAUGGCGCUGUCCGGCGACACCACCCUCGAAGCCUUCAGGCCACUCGUGACAAGGAUUUUUCAACCCUCUGUUGUGGUGCAAUCCCCACGGGAUUAUCGCACUAUUGCCUUAAUUCGCAACUACAUGAGGAAGGCUAGGGUACUGCGGGCAGAGAAUCUGGAAGCUCUAAUUGACAAGCGAAUUGACAAACAUGAGAAGAAAAAGCUUGAAGCUGAGCGUCUCCUUCUUGAGGAAGAAAGGAGGAAGUUUGAGGAGGAAAAGAGGAACUUUGAGUUAGAGAAAAAGCUGUUUCCUCAGAAAAAAGUAGCUGUGGAUGAUGAAAAGAAGGAGACAAAGCAGUCUUUAUUUGAGAGCACAAUUGAUACAGCUGACAAGCAUGUCACACUUUUUGAGAAGAUCAUCAGUAUCCCCCAAAAAGGAGAGACAUUCGGGAAGACCAUAACUGAAAAUGCAGAAGUUAUUCUUAAGAAACUCAAGGUACUUAAGGAGAAGAGGAUACCAAGGAGCAUUACUUCCUCAGGAGUGGCCGGGAUUUACUUCUUCAAGGAAGAAAUGAAGGAGUGGACUGGGAUCAGGGUUGGGGAAUCAAAUGGGGAAUCAAAUGCUGUCCUGAACGAAGGAAAUGGAAAGGUUACUGCAAAUGGGUUCCACAAGGCAGGGAAUGGAGGCAAGGGUGCUUCCUCAACCGGCGUCGACCCUGCUUCCUCAACCGGCGUCGACCCUGCUUCCUCAACCGCCGUCGCCCCUGCUUCCUCAACCGCCGUCGCCCUUGCUUCCUCAACCGCCGUCGCCCCUGCUUCCUCAACCGCCGUCGCCCCUGCUUCCCCAACCGCCGUCGCCCCUGCUUCCCCAACCGGCGUCGCCCCUGGUGUGACUGGAGCUCAGGUUGGAGGUGAACCCAAGGUUGAGUGAUUUAGCCGAUGGAAGUUUCUUAAACAUCACUUUUUGUCGCCCCUGUUGUGACUGGAGCUCAGGUUGGAGGUGAACCCAAAGGUUGAGUGAUUCAGUCGAUGGAAGUUUCUUAAACAGCAACCUUUGGCAUUUGACCCUAAGCUAUGAUUUUUUGUCAUUCGGCUUGUGAUGUAUUUCUUAUUACCUCGUUGAUAUAGUUUUUGAUCUGCGUUGAUGGUUGACGCUUCAGAUUUA